AUGGGACAGGAGAGACCGAUCGCUGACAGAGUUUCUCCGCUGAAAAACUUCGUUGCUGGAGGAUUCGGAGGCGCGUGUUUACUGCUGGCAGGGCACCCACUGGACACCAUCAAGGUGCGUCUGCAGACUCAGCCCAAAGCUGCUGAAUAUGUGCUGUACUCAGGGACGUAUGACUGCUUCAAGAAGACUGUGUCCAAAGAGGGUCUGCUGGGCCUGUACAAAGGCAUGGGGGCUCCUCUGGCCGGAGUCGCUCCCAUGAUGGCCAUCAGUUUCUUCGGCUUUGGAUUGGGGAAACAGCUGCAGCAGACCGAACCCAACCAGACACUCACUCACUCUCAGCUCUUCCUCUCCGGGUGUUUGGCCGGAGUCUUCACCACUGUCAUUGUGGCUCCAGGAGAAAGAAUCAAAUGUUUACUUCAGGUGCAGGCGAGCAGCGGAGAGGUGCGCUACUCAGGGCCCCUGGACUGUGCUGUCAGACUGUACAAAGAACACGGCCUGCGCAGUGUUUAUAAGGGGACUGUCCUUACACUCAUCAGAGAUGUGCCUUCAAACGGCCUGUACUUCCUCACAUAUGAAUACUUGAAAAACCUGCUGACAGCGGAAGGGAAAAGUGUGUCGGAGCUUAGCACUCCAAAGAUCUUGCUGGCUGGUGGAGUGGCUGGCAUCUUGAACUGGACCAUCGCUCUGCCUCCAGACGUGCUCAAGUCCAACUUUCAGACGGCGGCGGAUGGGAAGUACCGUGGGCUGCUGGACGUGCUCAGGACUUUGCUGAAGGAGGAGGGACCUAAAGCUCUCUAUAAAGGAUUCAACGCAGUGUUCCUGCGAGCCUUCCCCGCCAACGCUGCCUGCUUUCUUGGAUUUGAAUUGGCGUUAAAAGGUCUGAACAAAGCUGCUCCGAGCUGCAGUGUCCAUCGGAAGAGAAGUGUGAGAGCCGCAGUAGCAGCCGGAGGAGCAGCCGCCGGAGCUGCCGCCAUGCCCCUGGAGGUGAAGUGGCCGUUCCCAAACUGCCCCACUCUGGCCUGGAGGCUCUCUGGCUCUGUGGUCAUGGGAAUGGUGGGCUCCUACUCCUACCUCUGGACCAAAUACAUGAAUCGCCUGUCUGUCCAUAACCACGAGACGCUGCUGGAGCUGGUGGAGUCCAGGCCCUCAGGUUCCCCCCUUAUCACACUGUGCAACCACCAGUCCUGCAUGGACGACCCACUUAUAUGGGGUGUCUUGAAGCUCAGACACCUGUGGACCUUCCAAAAGAUGCGCUGGACUCCAGCUGCAUCAGACAUCUGUUUCACUAAAGAAGUGUACUCAAAGUUUUUCAGCCGCGGAAAGUGUGUCCCCGUGAUCAGAGGUGACGGAGUUUACCAGAAAGGAAUGGACUUUGUUUUGGACAAACUUAACAACGGAGAGUGGGUCCAUAUAUUUCCUGAAGGGAAGGUGAAUAUGACGGAGGAGUUCAUACGCUUAAAAUGGGGUGUCGGUCGGCUCAUAGCAGAGUGUACGUUGGAUCCUAUCAUCGUUCCUCUCUGGCACGUGGGUCUGAGCGACGUCCUCCCGAAUGAAAAGCCCUAUAUUCCUCAGACUGGGAAGAGGAUCACAGUUCUGGUGGGAAACCCAUUCAGUGUGAAGGAGCAAGUGGAAUCCCUCCGAGCUGAAAACAAGUCUCAGCUGGAGAUGAGGAAGACUCUGACAGACUUCAUCCAGGCCGAGUUCCGCAGUUUGAAGCCUCGCGCCGAAGCUCUUCAUCGACAAACUCAGACCAACUCCUGA